AUGGCAGCAAACAAGGAGUCGGAUCCCGCCGUCCCCGCAAUCCAGCUUUCCCCCUCGGGCGAACACCAGGCGCCCACAGGUGACAGCAUAUACCUUGUAUCAUGGCGCCUGGCAGUUGUAAUUCUCGCUCUUUGCUUUGGUAUCUUCUUGUUCGGCCUUGAUACAACUAUUCUCGGCACCGCGAUCCCCGAAAUCACGACAGAAUUCCAGUCACUGUCGGACGUGUCCUGGUACGGCUCGGCGUAUCUUCUGGCUGUAACAGCCUUUCAACCACUAUUCGGCAGUCUCUACAAGUUCUUCAGCGCCAAGAUAACCUACCUGAUAUCUCUGUUGAUUUUUGAGGCAGGCUCCGCUGUGUGUGCCGCCGCCCCCAGGUCCGCAGUGCUUGUCUUCGGCCGUGCGCUGCUGGGACUCGGGGCGGCUGGCCUCCUGCAGGGAGCUCUCGCAAUCAUUGGAUACGUGGUUCCUCUUGCAAAGGUGCCAAUGUAUCAGCGUGUGUGUAUCAGUCCUGUUGUUGGCGGCGCUCUAACUCAAAACAUUCCUGUUGGACUCUGCGUUGUACUUGCUAUACUCUUGCUCGUACCUAUUCAGCAGCCUUUGAACAAGGCCAACAGGGCUUUGCCGCUCAGGGAAAAACUUCGACAUAUGGAUGCCUUAGGAACCAUUCCGUUUAUCGGAGCCGUCUGCUGUCUCCUUCUCGUCUUGACUUGGGGUGGCGAGAAAUACCCCUGGAAUGAUCAACGAUGUGUCGGUCUGCUCGUCGGCUUUGGCCUCCUCACGGUUGCUUUCUGCUUCUGGUUGUGGAAGCAAGGCGAGGUUGCUAUCAUCCCUCUUCGCGUUCUCCGGCAGCGGUCCAUCUACACGGGGGCGCUUGUGCUCUUCGGACUGGGAAUGUCAAACCAAACCUACAGCUACUACCUGCCCAUCUUUUUCCAGUCCGCCCAGGGGGUAUCUACUACAGAGAGCGGCAUUAGAUUCAUUGCACUCGUCGUUCCUCAAAUUGUUAGCUUGGUUAUUGUUGGAGCUAUAGUGACAAAAUGGGGCUACUUUGUCCCGUUCAUCCUCGCUGGCAUUAUCAUUACCAGCAUUGGUUCUGGCCUCUUGACGCUCAUUACGAUCAACACUACUACCACGGAGUGGGCGAGUUUCUUGGUUCUAUGUGGUUUGGGCAUGGGAAUGGCCCAACAGCUUCCCUAUACGGCUAUACAAGCAACGCUUGAAUCGGCCGUGCCUAGAUUCACGGCCGAAGUCGCUCCCGACCAGGUGAUAGCCGUCGGAGCCACCGGACUCGAGUUACUCGCUCCAUCUCCUGUGGUCCUUGACGCUCUGCGUCGGGCGUAUGCUGAAUCUGUACUCCCCACGUUCAUUCUCGCGCUCGUGGCGGCUUGUUUCGCGUUCCCGCCUGCUUGUGGGAUGGAGCGUGUGAAUAUCAAACACGUUGCCGAGGAGAGAAGACUCAAGCUGAAGGCUGAUCACGAUGGCAGCGAAAGACAAGGCGAGGAGAAGGAGAAGGCACGCUCUACAGUAGGGGAGGUGUGA